GCAAAGCUCCAGACCUUCCAGCAGAGCACACCGGCUACAGAGACAAGGCUAGCAUGUCUCCUUCCUUCAAACUUCAAUGUCACUUCAUCCUGAUAUUCCUGGUGGCUCUGAGAGGGGAGAGCCGAUACCUAGAGCUGCGGGAAACCGGGGACCACGACCCUUUCCUGCUCUUCAGCGCCGACCUGAAGCGGGAGCUGGCGGGGGAACAGCUCUAUCGCCGAGCUCUGCGGUGCCUGGACAUGCUGAGUCUCCAGGGCCAGUUCACCUUCACUGCUGACCGGCCGCAGCUGCACUGCGCUGCCUUCUUCAUCAGCGCGCCCGAGGAGUUCAUCACCAUCCACUACGACCUGGUGUCCAUCGACUGUCAGGGAGGGGACUUCCUGAAGGUCUUUGACGGCUGGAUUCUCAAGGGGGAGAAGUUCCCCAGUUCCCAGGAUCAUCCUCUCCCCACCACUGAGCGGUACAUAGACUUCUGUGAGAGUGGUCUUAGCAGAAGGAGCAUCAGAUCCUCCCAGAACGUGGCCAUGAUCUUCUUCCGGGUCCAUGAGCCAGGAAAUGGGUUCACACUAACCAUCAGGACAGACCCCAACCUCUUUCCCUGCAAUGUCAUUUCCCAGACCCCAAAUGGAAGGUUCACACUGGUAGUUCCACAUCAGCAUCGAAACUGCAGCUUCUCCAUCAUUUAUCCUGUGGCGAUCAAAAUAUCUGAUGUCACCCUGGGACACUUAAAUGGCUUGCAGUUAAAGAAACCCUCCACAGGCUGUGAGGGAAAGGGAGACUUUGUGGAGCUGCUGGGAGGCGCUGGAUUGGACCCUUCCAAGAUGAUGCCUUUAGCUGAUCUCUGCUAUCCCUUCCAUGGCCCUGCCCAGAUGAAAAUUGGCUGCGACAACGUGGUGGUGCGUAUGAUCUCCAGUGGAAAACACAUAAAUCGUGUGACUUUUGAGUACCGCCAGCUGGAACCAUAUGAACUGGAAAACCCAAAUGGAAACAGUAUCCAGGAAUUCUGUUUGUCUGGUCUUUGAUUAACCAAGCCAAUGAUUUUCUUAGCUGCUAGCUAAGUGAGUUUUUAAUGGCUAUUGUAUAUGAUUUUGAUGAUCACCUCGUUAAAAGAUGUUCAUACCAGUCAGUAUUCACAGCCAUGAGUGCGUGCCUGCUCCUGCAGCGACACACACACACACACACACACACAUGUUUUUGUACCUUGCUUCUUUUUCAUUUGUUUUGUAUAAAUGACCACAUGGCAAAAAAUAAGCCCUACUCCCACUUCAUAGGAAAACAGUUUCUGUAAUUCUUUGGUGUACUAUAAGCCAGAACUGGUAAGACAAGUGCAAAGCUAUGUUCAGUUAAAAAAAUGUGUCUUAAGGGAAAACACUACAAAGAAAUAAAAAUGGUGGUAUUCAUAUCAGUUUUACAACAGAAAACAAUUGACUGUGUAUAUCAAAGUAGUUGCUUCUGUUACCUAUUUUCUGCUUCUUAGUCUGUUUACAAUAGAAAAUAGUUGUAGCUGUGACUUACUGUUUUGCAACCACUUGUUUUUAACAAAACUUUGUAGCAUGGAAAAGUUUUU